AUGGAGCGUUGGGCCCAUACGGCUCCGCACACCAGGAGAACACAGAGGAACGUUCACAACAAAGCAUUGCCCCUGCCAGUCAAGUGCUUCACACACCUGCUCUCUAUCUCUUUACAUUGCGCCAUUCCACACCACCUAAAGAGCAUAGGCGCAGUAACGAGCCACCCAUCACCCCCGGCAACCCUUUCAUUCCCUCGUCAGUCCUUCUCGCAUCGCGCCAGCGGUGCACCAGCAGCCAAUGAUGCCCACAAAUCGACAUGUCGCAUCCGCAGAAUAGCAAUGCGCAUCCAGUGUUUUUUUGUGUUUACAUCCACCCACCUCUUAAGCCCACAACUUAUUUCUGCAGUAGGAGUAGACUACAUCUGGAAUCCAAACAAAUACUGGUUGCGUGGCACAUCCACAUUCAUCUCCGGCACCGCUGUUAAUUCAGCCUCAUUCUGCACGUUGUAG